AUGAAUCGACAUAUUGCACGUUUACAUCCCUUGCUCGUUGCCAAGAAGAUUAACUCUCUGUUUUCAAGUAGAAAUUUGCGUCCCCCAGUAGCGAAAAGAAUCCCAUUCGAAGAGAAUUACUUUGGCAUUAAACGCGUUGACGAAUAUCGAUGGCUAGAGGACAGUAAGGAUCCUGAUGUGAAUGCUUAUAUUGAUGCUGAGAAUAGAUACGCAAAACAAAUGAUGAAACCUGCAAAAGUAUUACAAAAGCGUCUAGUCACCGAAAUGCGACAGAAACUUAUCACUACAAGGCUAAUGCCUCCUCUUAAAACAGUAGUAAAUGGGUAUGAAUUUUACUCGCGUAAUUUAAAGAACGGGCGAGUGUAUUAUUGGCGAAAAAAAGAACCCGGUGCAACAGAGACGGUUUUAUUUGAUUCACGGUAUAUUGCAAAUACGGGCAAGCGUGUUCGAUCGAUACUUUUAUCUCCAGAUACCAAUAUGCUCUCUUAUCUCCUUGAGGAAGAUGGCAUGGAAAUUGGUUCGCUUUAUUUCAAAGAUCUUACAACAAACAAGAUCCUUCAGGAAGAGCUACAUGGCGUCUUCAACUUUGUAUGGAGCGCUAAUAACAAAUACGUUUAUUAUACAAUGACUGACGAGCAAUUACGACCUUGUAGAGUUUAUGCACAUAAAAUCGGGUCUGGGCAAUCAGACGAUGUUCUCAUAUACAAUGAAACAAAUGAAUCUGCUCUUCUCGAUAUUACUUUGACGAAAGAUAAGAAACUGAUUACUAUUCAUUCGAGCACACUCACAUCUUCCGAAGUACAUGUCUUUGACGCAUAUCACAAUGUGUCGGAUGGCCCUCCUGCGCUUCAACUAAUAGAGCCGCGAAAGCCCGACUUGGAAUAUUACGUUGACCAUCAUGAUGACUACCUCUACAUUCUAACGAACGCCAAUGGAGCCAAGAACUUUAAAUUAGCACGAGCAAGGCAACCUCACACGAGUGAAAGAUUCUGGGAGGACGUGAUUCUUAUGAAUAAGAAUGAGAAGAUACAGGCUAUUGAUAUCUUUCGUAAAUUUAUCAUCAUAUAUGCGAAGAGAGAAGGCCUUCCUGUAAUAUUGUGUUAUGAUUUUCGUACUUGCGAAAUUCAUAAAGUCGAAUUGCCGAUGACAUAUUGCACGAUUUCUCCCGGAAAUAAUUUAGAUCACGAUACGGACAUUGUCCAGUUUCAUUGCACGACUCCGCUAACUCAUGAAUCAACACUUGAAUACAACAUGGAGACGCGGGUAUUAAAUAUCAUAAGAUCGCAUUCUAUUCACCGUUUUGAUCCUACUUGGUACGAUUGCUAUCGAGUUUAUGCCAAGGGAAUUGAUGGUACGGAAAUACCCAUUACGCUAAUACACAAGAAAGGCUUAAAACUAGAUGGAAGGAAUCCCGUACUGCUCAGGACAUACGGCGCGUACGGAUUACCGACAGAACCAGACUUUCAUGUUGAACAUUUACCUCUGGUAGAGAGAAAUUGGAUCAUUGCAUUGGCACAUGUCAGAGGCGAGUUGGGACACGAAUGGUACGAAGAUGGACGAGCAAUGAAAAAAAAGAAUACAUUUAUCGAUAUAAUCACGGCAGUCGAAUAUCUUAUACUUUCGGGAUAUUCAUCAAAGUCGAGAAUGACUGCUAUUGGGACAAGCGCAGGAGGCCUAGCGUUAGGUAUUCUUGAUAACGGCAGUUUGAUCGUCUUAUCCGGGGUUGCUUUAACAAUGCCGUCAUCGUACGUUAUGUUGGGCAAUCUUACUGUGUUAGACAUUAGAUAA